AGCACUCCCCCCUCAAUGCCGAGAAGAGAGACCUCGAUUGUUCAGUCCACUCCGCAACUUGGUGGUGUGGACGUGGAAGGUAACUCUCUGUGGUGUUUCCAAACUGACAGCUUUCAGGGCGUUUUUAUCUCGACUACCACGAUGUUCCCAAAGGACCAUUCGCUGCUCUUGCGGAUUUUAGGUCUGGUUGUUCUCCUUAACCACUGUUACGGGAGCCAUGUCAUUACGACGCCACGGAAAUGGAGUGUUGGGGAGGCCGCACAGGUUUGCGCCUUCGUCAGCGAUGCGACUGACGGAGAGAACGAGGUCGCCAUCCAAGUUACCGCCGAGGCCGAUAGCACCGAGGUCUUGGUGUCAGGCCACAUCAUCAUUCCUCAAGGUGAAAAGGAACAGUGUAAUAGACUAUUUGUGCCUGUAACUCUGCACAAAAAGGGGCUGAUGAAGGUCAGCGGGACACUCAGUGGCAAGAAGGUUGAUUACCAGAAGCACAUAUUAUUUGCUACUGGCAUCAGGAAGACUUUUAUACAGACUGAUAAAUACCUGUAUAAACCGGGUCAAACUGUGCAGUUUAGGAUUCUCACAGUGACAGGACCCUUCUUAAAAAUAUCAAAAGAAAGUUAUCCUCUGAUAUGGGUAGAGACACCAUCGUCAAGCCGCAUUGCCCAGUGGACCAAUGUGGAGAAUUCGGUUGGACUUAUACAUCACUCAUUCAAACUUGCAGAUGAACCUGAACAGGGGACAUACAGGAUUAAGGUCCUGGCAGAAGAAGGUGGUUCAUCUACAGCUAAGGAAUUCAAAGUGGAAGAAUACGUCCUUCCACGUUUUGAAGUCACUGUGGUGCCACCCAAAUAUAUAUUGGGUACAGACACUGAAUUUACUUUCACUGUAUGUGCCAAAUACACUUUUGGACAGCCAGUCAAAGGCAAUGUGACUUUGGUGGUUGAGAAUGGUGGAUGGGGAAGAAGUAAAAGAAAGCAUACUGUUACCAAUAAGAUAUCAGGCUGCAAAGAAAUAAAAGUGCUAAGUGAUGAUAUUUCGGAUAGUGAAUAUUAUGCAAACAGUUUAAGUCUAACAGCAACUGUAAUUGAAGAUGGAACAGAUGAACAAUUCAGAGGUGAAGCAGUAGCUGCUAUUCAACGCACAGCUCUGGAAUUUUUGUAUAUUGGCAAGGAAGAGUACAUUAAACCAAAUCUGCCUUUCACUGGAAAGGUAAAAGCUGUGUUUCCAGAUAAAUCACCAGCUGCAAAUGAACUUAUGCAAGUGUGUAUUAGUGGAGAAUGCAGAAACAUGAGUACUUCAGCUGAAGGCAUUCUGGACUUUGUUAUCCCAAAAUAUUUAAGUUCCACUGUUUUGAUAACAUCAAUCAAUUAUCCAAGAGUCAAAGAUUCAUCAUCAAGGUGGCUUUCAAAAAUGUAUGCUUCAGAAUAUCAUCAUCGCUUGAAAAAAUAUUAUUCUCCUUCAAAUUCAUCUUUGGUGAUUCUUGUUCCUGGAAAUCGUCUGUAUUGUAAAGUGUCUGGCCAUGAUCAUGAUAUACCAGUCCUUUUUGCUGCUGUGAAUCAGACAAGGGCUACAUUUACUGUUCAGGUUGUAUCACGAGGUCAGAUCCAGUAUUCGAGUUCAGCAGAGUACGAGCUAUCAUCUGGUAACUUACCAAUUAAUGAAGACCAUCUAGUAGAACCCUUGCCACCUCCCCCCAAACAUACAGUUACUGGAGUUAUUAACAUUCCAAUAAAGUUACCUAACACAGCCUCACCCUCAGCCAAGGUUAUUGUAUGGUACACACGUCCAGAUGGUGAAGUUGUUUCAGACACUCAGAUCUUUGACAUAGAAAAAUGUUUGGAUAAUGAUGUGAAUCUUGUAUGGUCAGCUGCCAGAGUGCAGCCAGGAGAGCAGGCAACUUUAGAUCUGUCGGCUGCACCACAGUCUAUUUGCAGCUUAGGUGUAGUUGACAAAAGUGUUGAAUUACUGUCAUCUGAGAAUGAUCAGCUAACACUUGAAAAUGUAUUUGAUAUUGUGGAGAAUUCCAUGGUCAAGGAUUGGGAGCUAAGCCAGGCAGAUGACUAUAAGUACUGCAAAACAAAGUUUAAUGAGGAUGACGACAGGAUACCCGCAUUCUAUAUGUACCCAAUGUAUUACUCUGACUACGUUGAUGCUCUCAAAAUGUUUGAUAAAUCAGGAUUGCAAGUCUUGACAGACUUGAUUACAGAGACGCGACCUUGUGAAAGGGACAGGUUUAGAAGUAUGUCAACUUAUCAAUUAAGAAGAGGAUCUCCAAGGUUAAAGUCAUCAAGUGACUUUACCAAAAUGCGUAGUUCACAAAUAGUAAGAAAAAUGUCAGUUAAGAAGAAAAAAAUGAAGAAAGUAAGAGUUGAUGUCCAAAUUGAAAAAACAAGGGUUCACUUCCCAGAAACAUGGCUAUGGGACAUCAGUAUUUUACCCUCCUCUGGUGUGCUGAGUGAGCAGUACACCCUCCCUGAUACUAUAACUGAGUGGGUUGGCAAAGCUGUGUGUGUAAAUUCAGAAAAGGGUCUUGGCAUAUCACCCAGGGCAACAAUAACCACUUUCACACCUUUCUUUGUGGAUUUGACCCUUCCUCCAACAAUCAAGAGAGGGGAAAUUCUACCAGUCAAGAUCUCAGUCUUUAAUUAUCUUGAACAAGCUUUGCCGGUCAAAGUUGUAUUGGAAAUAAGCCCUGAUUAUGACAUUAUUGAGGAACCUGAAAGCCAGUUACCACUUGGUCACAAAAUAGCCUGUAUCCCACCACAAGACAAGGUUGUUCACAUAGUAAAAAUUCGCUCUCGGGUCUUGGGAGAUGUAAACAUCACUGUGGAUGCAUUUGUGGAUGAGCUGUAUCCUGAAGUAUGUGGACCAGAAUAUGUGAUCAGUAAAAGGGAUAUUCUAAUCAAACCAAUCAAAGUGGAAGCUGAAGGGUUCCCAAGAGAAAAGACUUGGACCAAAUACAUUUGUUCUAAAGAUAUUAUUGAAAAUGCAGACUUUUUAGAGAUUUGGAAGGUAGAACCACCACCACUCAUUGUAGAAGACUCAGCCAGGGGUUGGGUGACUGCAGUUGGUGACCUUCUAGGACCUACACUUGAGAAUCUUGGCUCCCUUGUAAAAAUGCCAUAUGGGUGUGGGGAACAGAAUAUGUUGAAUUUUGCACCAAAUAUUUUCAUCCUUCAAUAUCUGGAUGCUUCAAAUCAAACAACACCAGCAAUUGCAAAGAAAGCUGUUGACUACAUGCAAAAAGGUUAUCAACGGGAGCUGCGCUAUCGCCAUGAUGAUGGAUCCUUCAGUGCCUUUGGAAACUCCGAUGCAUCAGGCUCAACAUGGCUCACUGCCUUUGUGCUCAAGUCCUUUGCACAAGCACGCCAAUAUGUUCAGGUUGAUGCAGAUGACUUGGACAUGAGCCGUGGUUGGCUGAAAUUGCAUCAGAUGGAGAAUGGAUGUUUCCAAUCUGUGGGGAAAGUCUUCCACAAAGGCAUGAAGGGUGGUAUUGAUGGAAGUGGUUCUCCAGUACCAUUAACUGCCUAUGUGCUGAUUGCCCUCCUUGAAGCGGGUGAGGUGACAAGCAGUCGUGCAGUCAUGGAAGCAGCCUUCUGUUUAGAUGCUGAUACAUCCAAGGAUCCCUACACUUUAGCUUUGAAAGCCUAUUCGCUUUCUCUCUCUGAUUCCCCAAAGGCAGAACAAGCAGUGCAGAACCUUAUUAAUGUAGCAGAAGAGACCGCCAACUCAAUGCAUUGGGAGCUUCCAGCUGGUUCAGGAAAGAGUCAAGCUGUUGCUGUAGAGACAGCUGGUUAUGCAGUUCUUUCAAUGAUGACCUUAGAUGCAACCAAAUUUGAGCUUCAAGCCAGAAAAAUAGUGAAAUGGAUAUCUUCACAGAGAAAUGGUCAAGGAGGAUUCAUAUCAACUCAGGAUACUGUAGUUGCUCUCCAAGCUCUGGCGAGUUUUGAGGCUCACCAAAAAAAAGAGGCAGUCAACCUGGUCAUCACUGUGGAAGGCGAAGCACUUGAGCAUGCAUUCUUUGUAGAUGAAGCCAAUAAACUUCUUCAACAGCAAGUGAAUCUGCCGUCACUACCUUCCAAUGUCAUUCUGGACAUGGAGGGAGAAGGAUGUGCCCUUGUUCAGACUGUCCUGAGAUAUAAUGUUCCAGAUGCUACAGCAAGUGAUGCCUUUUCCUUGUCAAUCACCACUGAAACAAUCCCAGAUAGGAAAUGCAUUACAAAGAAGAUUAAAGCUUGUGCUUCCUACUUACUAUCUGAUCAGAAAUCCAACAUGGCUGUUAUGGAAUUUAACUUAAUUUCUGGAUACAUACCACAUAAAGCGGACCUUAAACAAGUUGUUGGUUAUGGAACUGGCUUAAUCAAACGCUAUGAAGUUGAUGGCAGCAAAGUUAUGUUCUACAUUGAUGAAUUUUCACCUGAAGAUCUUUGUGUGGAGUUCCGAGUAAUUCGGGAAAUUGAUGUUGAAGAUGCCAAGCCUGGGACUAUUAAGGUGUAUGACUAUUAUCAGCCCGAGUUCUCCAUAAGUAAGAGUUAUGUUCUACCACCUCCUGAUGAAUGCAGUAUCAGUUUGAUUCCCAUUGAAGCCAUUGCCAUUGAAGGAGAUAUCAUUGUAGAGCCAGAAAGUGGAACGACCACUCCCUCAUCAGCUGUUGAAGAUCUUGUUGCAUUAUUAGAUGAAAUGCCUUGAGGAUAAAAGAAAGCGAAAUAAGUGUUAUUUUUCAACAUAAGAGAGGAUAUCUAAUAAUAGCAUGCUUACUAUAGAUCAUGUUAACUUGUUGCUAUAUUAGUGUUCAUUUUCACCUGUCAAGCCAAAAUUAUAUAUAUAUAUAUAUAUAUAUAUAUAUAUAUAUAUAUUUUGGUUUUUGUUAGGAAACAGAAAUGGAAUGGGUUUUAUGUGGAUUAAAAAAAAUCUUUGGUUUGAAAGAAUGAUAACGAAACCUGCUCUUCAAAGGUAUCAGUAGUUUUAAGGUUAUUUUUAUAUUGUUUUUAUUUUGUUAAAGAAUGAGGUAAAGCUUAGAUACCAUAAUAUUCCAUGGUUUGUAGUAUAUGUUAUGAAGGUAUGCAAAUGGAUUUAAAUUUUUUUAAAGAAAAUCGGUCCCAUUUUGUAUUUUCUGCAUAAGCAUUGUAAAGUUGGGAAGAUAUUUGAACAUGGAAACAAUUUUGUAAUAUCCCAUGGAAUGUAUCAUAAUAUUUAACGAUGAAAUAAAAUUUGAAUUUGAUUUUAGUAUACACAA